AGGCAAAAGGUAACGGACUCAGAAAGGGAAAGGAAGUAGUUUCUCUAGAGUAGAGCUAGAGUAGAGCAGAGCAUAACGUCAUGGCAGCGAGCGUUGGUCGGUGUUCUUGCUGAUCUCGCCCUGGCCGUCUUCUUGGUGGCUUCCUCCUUCCUCCUUCAACUCCAUGUGCUAAACGUGUGGAUCAGAGAGCGCGGCGGCAGAUGCCAUGCCUAUUUUUUUGGCUUGAGCUACUUCGAUCCUAUUUUUGCUCGAGGAGCCGCCGCGCGGAGGUUCGAAAUGAUGCAGCAAGGGUUUGAUAUAACUAAGUUGUUUCAAGAAGCUCAAAUACGAUGGUUGAAGCCUGUAGAAGUUCUGUAUAUCCUGCAGAAUCAUGAGAAAUUAAAGAUAACAGAGAGGCCCCCUCAAAAGCCACAUAGUGGUUCUUUAUUCCUUUUCAAUCGUAGGGUGCUUCGCUAUUUUCGUAAUGAUGGACACUUGUGGCGGAAAAAGACAAAUGGCAAUACAGUAGGUGAGGGGCAUGAGCGUCUUAAGGUUGGAAAUUCUGAAGUAUUAAACUGUUAUUAUGCUCGUGGACAGGAAAAUUCUAAUUUCCAAAGGAGGAGUUAUUGGAUGCUUCAUCCGGCCUUUGAGCACAUAGUUCUUGUGCAUUACAGAGAUGUUGUCGAGGUAUGUUGCUUCAAGAUGAAUUUGCCAAGUUCUCACAAUAUCAGGAAUCACUCAAGUCUUCAUCUCCCUUUAUCAUUGCUAUUGCUGAUUCAGUCCAAAGCUAACACUCUUACCGUUACUUUAGCUAAUGGGUCUUCAUCUUGUAUGAUCAUUACCUGUGAUGAUAAACAGCAACCACUUCGUAGAUCUGACAUUUCCAUGAGCGAAAAUCCACGAAGACUCCAGAAGGCUGUUGGCAUGAAACUGGAGGUUGCUCGUAUGAGCUUCCUCAAGAUGUCAGUGAUGAAGGACGAUGGCGGUCCAGUUAUGGAAGUAGAGCGUCCUGACAUUAAAAAAGCUAACGAGGCGGAGGCAGACAAUAAUAAUAAUAGGAUGGGGAAAGGCGAUGGUAAGCUUAAAAGCAUAGUGAGGAGAAGGAUUACAGGUGAAGCAUACCCUUCGAAGUCUGAUAAGACAUCAGUCGGGGAGAUGAGGCCAGGAGGAAAUGGCGAAGGACUUGGCUCAGAUGUGCUGGCGAUGUCGGAAGACACACUUAUGGGCCAGGGAGAUGGUUUGUCGUCUGGGAUCGAGCGUGACGAAACAAAUAGAACUGGGCCCAGGGUGGCGGAGGAUGAAGGGGCUGAUGUGGAUAAAGUACCUAAUAGGGUAUUUACCACAGAGUGGAUGAAGGCGUCGAUUGAUGAGAUAACCGCGAUGAUCUGGCAUCACCCAAAAUUGAUGAUGGACGUGAGAAUGGAGAAGAAGAGUCAGUGGUCUCGAGGAGAUGAUGAUUCUUCGCUCUGUGACCCGUUCUGUUGGGGGUAUGAGGGAGGCGUUGUCAUCAUAGGAGCAUUCCAUUGCAGCCCUGCAGAGUACACAUGGGCUGUAUUAUUUGGAGAUACUGAAGUUCCCUUGGAAAUUGUUCAGGAUGGUGUUUUCCGUUGCACAACACCCCUGCAUGCUGCUGGUAAAGUCAAACUAUUGAUUACAGUUGGCAACAAGCAACCCUGUAGUGAAAUACAUGAAUUUGAAUUUCGUGAUAAGCUAAAAAAUACAAGCUACGGAAAUGCAACACAAGAAAAUAUAAUGUAUAGCCCAGAGGAACUGUUGCUUCUUGUUAAAUUCGUUCAGUUACUUCUAUCUGAACAUUUUGAUACAACAAUUCUUCAAGAGAGUAAUAUUGAACAAGAAAUCGGUCAUUUGCGGAAGUUGAAGGGGUCCAAUGAUAUAUUGGAACCAAUCAUUAGAGCACUACUAGCUGGAUCUAUAGCUUCAAAAAAUAUAAUGGAUGCAAUUCUUCAAGAACUAUUAAAAGAUAAAUUGUACCAGUGGUUAUUAUCUAGACAUGAAAGAGAUACUGACAAAUAUCAGCUAUCCAAGAGAAAGCAAUGCGUCAUACACAUGAUCUCAGGAUUGGGAUUUAUGUGGGCCUUACGACCAAUUCUCAACUCUGGUAUAAGCAUAAAUUGCCGUGAUUCAGGUGGAUGGACUGCACUUCACUGGGCUGCAUAUUUUGGAAGGGAAGAAAUGGUUGCUGCACUUCUUGUUGCUGGUGCUUCAGCUCGAGCCGUCACAAAUCCCAGUUCGCGUGAGCCAGAAGGCAAAACACCGGCUUCUUUGGCAGCUGCCAAUGGCUACAAGGGUCUUGCUGGAUAUCUUUCAGAAGCUGCACUUACUACUCAUCUCUAUUCUCUGACAACUGAGAAAACUGAGAGGUCAUUUGAGGCUGCAUCUACAGAGAUUGAUAGGGGUGUUGAGACCAUAUCUCAGAGAAGUGCCGUUGUAGAUGGUGGCACAGAAGAUCAAUUGUCACUUAAAGAUUCUUUGGCAGCUGCCAGAAAUGCUUCUCAAGCUGCUGCUCGUAUACAAGCUUCUUUCCGCUCCUAUUCUUUCAGGAAGAAGCAACAAAGUGCUGCUGUAUGUCGAGGAAAGGACAGUCUAUCCUCUGUAGAGAUACAUAAAGUUUCUGUCACAUCAAGGUUGCAUAACACAUGCCAAAGUCAUUACGAUCAUAAGUCUGAUAAAGCAGCUUUAUCGAUCCAAAAGAAUUAUCGACGUUGGAAAACCAAAAAAGAGUUUCUACUUCUACGAAAACAUGCUGUGAAAAUACAGUCUCAUGUAAGAGCUCAUUUGGCAAGGAAAAAGUACAAGACACUACUUUGGACUGUCAACUUUCUGGACAAGGCCAUACUACGAUGGCAUAGACGAGGAGUUGGUUUGAGGGGUUUUCGUGCUAAACAAGAAUUUAUUAAUGAGGAGGAAGAAGAUGACAUAAUCAAGGUUUUCCGCAAAGAAAAAGUGGAUUUAGCAACAGAUGAAGCUGCUUCAAUGGUCUUGUCAGUGGUCCAGAGUCCUAUGGCACGGCGUCAGUACCGCCGGAUGCUUGAAUGCUACCAACAAACUAAGGCUGAGCUGAGUAGCAACGAUAAUAAACCAACCGACUGUUAAUAAUGAGGCUUGGAAGAAUAAGGAAACAUGGCUUUCAUAACAGAGGCGAAGUGGCAAAUAAGUUUGUAAAUAAGUUUUUGGUAAAUAGUAGUAAAGUUCUCGUCAGUAUAAAUUUGCAAACCAAUCAAUUUGUUGAGUCCUUGUAUGUAAUUGUUAUUGGACUCAUACAUCAACAAAGGUGUAGCUUAAGAGAGUGUGAUUGUAAUAUUUCAUACUCUUAUUAACAAUAUGUAUGCAAGGUAGUAAAGCACUACUUAGGACUGUUGAUUGAGAAUAAUCUCCAUAUUAAUUUCCACAUGGUAAUAUCUAGCAAAAGAUGGCAAUUUGUUAUUGAUUUA